AUGAAUGGGUACAGUGAAUAUGCUUAUGCACCCAUCCGUCACUACCCUAAGGCCCAAGAGCUAGUUGUUUGCGACGGUGCAGCAGACGUUCAGGGUAAUAUUGAGGAGCAAAUAAUGUUAGCUCGGGAGGAGUGCAAGCAGCUAUAUAACCAGGUUAAUAAGGUUAAGUCUAAAGUACAGGAUGGAGACUUGGUAACACUAUCAAAAAAUGUUGGCUCAGUUGGUUCAGUUAAUUUGAAACCGAUAACGAGUUUGAAAGGCCAUAAUAAUAAGAUUACAGAUUUUAGGUGGAGUUCAGAUUCUAAGAGGGUACUUAGUGCUAGUCAGGAUGGAUAUAUGUUGUUAUGGGACGCAGCCACGGGGCUUAAAAGAAAUGCUAUACCUUUGAACUCGCAAUGGGUUUUAACUUGUGCAUUGUGUCCGAAUGGGAAUUUAUCAGCAAGUGCUGGGUUGGAUAACAAUUGUACUAUUUAUCGAAUUUCUCAACAUGAGAGAGUUCAGCAGAAUAUUGUUUCUAUUUUCAAAGGGCAUACCUGCUAUAUUUCUGAUGUAGAGUUUUUGGAUGACAAGACGGUUAUUACAGCAAGCGGCGAUAUGACAUGCGCACUAUGGGAUGUCACGAAGAGUAGAAGAACACACGAGUUUUCAGACCACCUUGGUGAUGUUUUAAGUAUAUCUAUACCUCCUUCGCAUUUGGAAAAUGCUGGUAACAUUUUCGCUAGUGGUGGUUCUGAUGGGUAUCUUUACAUUUGGGACAAAAGAACUCCAACCAGCGUUCAAAGCUUUUUCGUUAGUGACAGUGACAUCAGUAAGGUCAAGUUUUUCAAAAAUGGUGAUACUAUAGCUGUGGGGUCAGACGAUGGCUGUGCUAGAUUGUAUGAUUUAAGAAGCGACUGUCAAAUUGCACAAUACUCUUUAUCUAAGAGUCUUCAAAAUGCUACCACAAGAAAGCCUACGUAUUUCCCUUCCAGCAUUGAAUAUAACGUCCAUGGGAACAGUCCUUAUUCACCAUCAGCGCGUACCGUAGAAUCAGAAUUCAUGGAUGACCAGGGAAUCGUCGCUUUAGACUUCAGUCGAUCUGGUCGUUUGAUGUAUGCGUCAUACACAGAUGCUGGUUGUGUCAUUUGGGAUCUAGUCAAAGGGGAGGUAAUUGGCAAACUAGAUGGUCACUCGGAUAGAAUUUCUGGUGUCCUCACAAGUCCUGAUGGCCUUGCUGUGUGUACCGGCUCAUGGGAUACUACUAUGAAAAUCUGGACACCUAAAUAUAUGUAA